GCGAGGCCUGAGCGCGGCUAGGCGGCGGUUGGGGUCCCGCGCUGGGGGAUCGUACCAUGUCGCGCCCGAAGAAUCAAAAUUACAAGGGCCACGGAUUGUCAAAGGGAAAAGAGCGAGAGCAGAGAGCGUCCAUCCGAUUCAAGACCACUCUCGUGAAUACACUCAUGGACGUCCUUCGCCACAGGCCAGGCUGGGUGGAAGUAAAGGAUGAAGGGGAGUGGGAUUUCUACUGGUGUGACGUCAGCUGGCUCCGGGAGAACUUUGACCACACCUACAUGGACGAGCACGUGCGGAUCAGUCAUUUCCGAAACCACUACGAGCUGACCCGCAAGAACUACAUGGUCAAGAACCUGAAGCGGUUCCGGAAACAGCUGGAGCGCGAGGCCGGAAAGCUGGAGGCAGCCAAGUGCGACUUCUUCCCCAAAACCUUUGAGAUGCCAUGCGAGUAUCACCUGUUCGUGGAGGAGUUCCGCAAAAACCCGGGAAUCACCUGGAUCAUGAAGCCCGUAGCCCGCUCGCAGGGGAAGGGCAUCUUCCUCUUCCGGAGGCUGAAGGACAUCAUGGACUGGAGGAAGGGUACCGCAGGAAAGAAGCUCACUAGCUUAGAAGCCCCGCCAGCCCGCAGCACUGUCAAUCCUUCUGGAAGCCAUGACGCAAGAAGUUCUGAUGACCAAAAGGAUGAGAUCCCUGUGGAGAACUACGUGGCUCAGCGCUAUAUCGAAAACCCCUACCUGAUAGGAGGCCGCAAGUUUGACCUACGUGUCUAUGUACUGGUGAUGUCGUACAUCCCGCUUCGGGCCUGGCUGUACCGGGAUGGCUUUGCCCGAUUCUCCAACACCCGCUUCACCCUGAGUAGCAUUGAUGACCAAUAUGUUCACCUCACCAAUGUUGCUGUGCAAAAGACAUCUCCUGACUACCACCCCAAGAAGGGCUGCAAGUGGAUGCUCCAGCGCUUCCGUCAGUACCUCGCGUCCAAGCACGGGCCCGAGGCGGUGGAGACGCUCUUCAGCGAUAUGGACAACAUCUUUGUCAAGAGCCUGCAGAGCGUGCAGAAGGUGAUCAUCAGUGACAAGCACUGCUUUGAGCUGUACGGCUAUGACAUCCUCAUAGACCAGACCCUCAAACCGUGGCUCCUGGAGGUCAAUGCCUCCCCAUCGCUGACAGCCAGCAGCCAGGAGGACUAUGAGCUCAAGACCUGCCUCUUGGAAGACACCCUGCACGUCGUGGACAUGGAGGCCAGGCUCACAGGAAGGGAGAAGAGAGUGGGAGGUUUUGACCUUAUGUGGAAUGAUGGCCCUGUCAGCAGAGAAGAGGGGGCUCCUGACCUGUCUGGAAUGGGGAACUUUGUGACCAACACACACCUUGGCUGCGUCAAUGACCGGAAUAACCAGCUGAGGCAGCUGUUCCGCUCCCUUCAGAACCAGAAGAAAGCCUCCAGUUAGUCCUGGCUGCAGGGACAGCAACCCGACCAGGAGGUGCUCCCCCACAGUCUCCUCCCCACCCAUUCCCAGCACAGUGGCACCUCCAAGCACUUACCUCCCUCCCUCUGGCCUGGCGGCAGCUUUGCAGACUGCCCAGGCUACUGCCUGCU